UCGUCAACACACUCUGCCUCAUUAUUCCCGACGUGUUGUUUUCUCUGUGUGUGCCUCUCCUUUUUGGAAGGCCCUUGUUUUGUUAUGGGCCCGUUGAUAAAAGAACAAACAGACAAACGUUCGGACUUGCAGUCAAUAUUGCCUUUUGAAUAAAGCUCGUUUCCGUUAUGUACGUUAACGCGCGUUAACGUCCAACAGCCAUUUUGUUUCCCCAGUUGCUCAUGUGGUUAUUAGUUCUUGGCUUUGUUAAGACGUUGUUAACGAGCGAUGGACACGUCUCGUAUGAUUCAUGUCACCAAAAAAAUUAAAAAUCAAAGAUUUAAAAAUGGACACGUUGAUGAACCACCGCACGUGUCGCAUUUGGCCUACAUUUUUUUUUGUUUUGUUUUGAUCGUCCAUCCCCCAGUUCUAUAUAACACGCCCUAAACGGUCAAACAAAUUUAGAAAAGAAAGCGAAACGGAGAGCAGCGGGCUAGGCCAGAAAACAGUUAGAAGGUGUUUCUCCGUACCGACAUAUGUCACUUCAAAAAAAAAAAGGCCCUACCAUGUGACCCAAAACAAAUCCAGUGUUAUAGACUACAAGUACUACGAUGGUCAAGCUGUUGAUGGAACGAAAAAGAUAGCAAGGUCACAUCAAAAACAAUAAAGGUGAAACAAAUAAAAAGAAAAAAAAAAAAAAACAAAAACAAAACGGGGUGUCGAUAUGUACGCAAGUAAAAACACAAACAUUGAUCGGACGUCGGUGCGCCUUGAUUCAUUGACCUUCAAAGAUCGAAAUGGCCUUUGGCGGCGGUGACCUCCUCAGUCGUUUCCGAAAGCAAAUGACCUCGCGUGACCCUCCGACAGUUGUUCUUUUUCAAUCGACGAGAAGAACAGUGUCAUUUGUAUACACAAACACAGGCCGCCAUGAUUCUUUUCCAGGCUCGUCCCUAGAGUGAUGCGCUGUUUUUGUGUGUGUGUGUGUGUGUGUGUGUGUCUCACACAAAAAAAAGUCAGCUGGUAAACAACAAAGAUGCUGGCUCAUUGUCAUCUUUCUGCCAUGGAUCCCUCAUCUUCCAUGUCUUCGGCGCAGUCCGGUGGACGUCGGAAGACGCUGGCUGGAACCGGUGUGCGUGUUCCAGAUGAUUUAAAACAUCAGACAUACACACACACAAAAAAAAACAAUAAGAAAACCCAGCGGAUUACAACAUUUUGCGUGCUACUAUAGUGUUGCGUUGGAGCGAGGAGCAAGUCUUCCGGUGCGCGCGAAAUUUGAAAUUCGUGUGUGUGUGGGGGGAGCGAACCGACCAACCAGACGGACAGUGUUUUAGUUUUUUAAGGCGAAUUGACAAGCUUCCGGUUGUGGCAAGAUCUACCCAUUCAUCGGUACAUCGUUCCGUUGGGGAGCGCGUGAUGGAUCCAGAAACAGACGUCGACGGUGCCAUCAACCUGAGCACUCACCAGCAGGCCGAGCCGCAGCCAAUCCUUAGUGACCAGCCAACGACAUCGUCCCCGACGCUCAACCACAACGCCAUUUUGCAGGAUCGCAAGGAAUCGCUUUCGCCUGAAACCAAGUUAGACGACGAAGGUUCUCCCGUGCGUGACCCGGCAAACACCGGUACCAGCACGGGUUGCAGCAGCAGCAGUGAUAGCAGCGACAGUAGCAAGAGCAGCAGUCCACCGGUGAUCCAUUGGGAACCGGCAUCGUUGCUCGGUUCCAUCCACAAGAAAAGCGAACAGCCAAUUUCAUCCGACGUCGAUCCAGCUAAACCGUUGCUAGCGCCCACGUCGGUAGCAGGAAAUCAUCCGUUGCUCAUGACACCGCAAGGACUCGCUCUUCAACAGCACGUCCAGCAAUUGCUGCGUGAUCAGUUGAUUCAUCCACAGUUACAGAAUAUGUUGCUGUACCAGAAACAGCAACAAGAGAAACUGGCGGAUCUCGGUCGCAAACAGCUGGAGACGUUGAUGCAGCAAUUGCAGGAGCAGCUCCAACUCAAUUUGAUCCAGCAAUCGCAACUGAUGCAACAGCGGGGCGGAACGGGCGUUACGGAACGAAGGAAAAGCAAUGAACUGGCGCAGACGUUGGCUGGACAACAACAACAACUCAUGCAACAAUUGCAAUUGACUCAACGUCACUACCUGAUCGGACUUCAACAGCAGCAAUUGCUCACAUCUCCUCCCGCGUCAGCUGGCGAAGAGGCGCCGACAGAUAAAUCCACUUCCGGCUGGAACAAUAAAGACUCGUCGACGCCAUUGGCCGCUGGUGGAUUGAACGUCCAUGUUCCCACAUCCGGCCUGCCGACAGUUCAGGUCACUGCGUGUGACUCACCUGCAUCCAUCAGUCCCAUCCGGUCGUCUGCCGAUUGCGGCAAAAUGGUGACCAACGGACAUCCGCACGGUAGUGGCGUCUACUCGUCGCCUCAUCCGCAUUAUCAGCAAACGAGUUCCACUGGUGACAUGAAUGACAAUCUGAUAGAUCAUCACCACAACGGCGGGGUGCUGCAUUCGUUCAACAAUUCCGGAUCGAAUGGAAUCAAAAAUGGCGAUCAGCAGAGGUUCUCGUCUUCUUCGUCUACUCCACUGUCAUCCUCUUCAUCGUCUUCGCAUCCAUUGUUCCUCUUCGGAGUGUGUCGUUGGCCCGGAUGCGAAUCUCCGUGUGACGACGUUUCCACCUUUCUAGAACAUUUGAAUCGCGAACAUGUGCUAGAUGAUCGCUCGACGGCCCAAACUCGCGUCCAGAUGCAAGUUGUUGCCCAGCUGGAGCUCCAGCUACAGAAGGAACGCGACCGGCUUCAAUCGAUGAUGGAUCAUUUAAGUCGGGCCCGACAACAGCAGCAACAAGCGCCGCCAGCCAAACAGUCACCUGUGAAAAGCAAUGGCUCCACAAUGCGCGGUCAACCGGGCCCACCGUCUGGCGAUCCUACCAACGGACUGCAACAUCACCAACAGCAUCACAGGAUGUCCCCUUCGCUGGCCGCCUUAGUCUCGGCCACUAUGCGCGGAGUGAUGAACCCUUCCGCUUCUUCGCAUCAUCACCUGUUGCUUCAUCCGCCGGCGCAGUCCAAUCACGCCGCCUCUUCGAUGGGCCAUCAAAGCCAAUCGCAAUCGCGCAGAAGGCUGUCUGAAAAACCGAAUUCAGCAUCCAAUUCCGGCGCCGUCGAAGAUAUCCGCUUACGCAAACGAAGCGUCACCGAACGCUCGGCAAUGGAUAUUUCCGAAGGACUACCUUAUCUGCUUGAUAGAACCGGUCUGGAUGUUCAUCAAGAGUUGCAGCGCAAUCGCGAGUUCUAUCGUAACACGGAUGUCCGCCCACCCUUCACGUACGCCUCUCUCAUCCGCCAGGCGAUUAUCGAAUCUCCAGAGAGACAGUUGACGCUCAACGAAAUCUACACCUGGUUCCAGAACACGUUCUGCUACUUCCGUCACAAUGCCGCUACAUGGAAGAAUGCCAUCCGCACCAAUCUCUCGCUGCACAAAUGCUUCAUUCGAUACGAAGAUGAUUUCGGUUCGUACUGGAUGGUGGACGAUGCCGAAUUCGUCCGACGCCGGCACUUGGCACGCGGCCGACCGCGCAAAUUUGAAAUCCCCGCAGCAGCUGCUGCUGCGGCCGCCGUCGCUGUCCAGCAUCACCAGCUGCAGAUUAAUCUAAACCGCCAGUCUUCCCCGCAUUCGCGACAACCACCUACACCGUCAACACUAGUCCGAAAUCGCAGCGCUGACGGAGCGACAGCUGAAUCUGCCCGAUGUCUGGUCUUAACUGACGGAAGGAACGUAAUCAGCCGUUCUGCUUGCGCUCGUCGCGCCAAAAUAACGGCUCAGGGUAUUCAAUCCAAAAGUCCCAGCAUGACACCGAGUCCGACGCUUUUCGGCGAAGCGCUCAACGCCAGUUUGCAGGCCGCUUUGGCGGAGAGCAACAUGAGUUUUUUACAGCGAAGUCAAUCAUCGUCAUCGCAAAGUCCAAUGGAUCGCUCUUCGGGCUUCCAUCAUCAUCAUCACAUGCUGGAUGGACCUUUAGGUCUCGGAGCGAAACGCGUUAAAGUCGAAGCUCUAGAUGAAGAACUAAGCAGCUGCAGCAUGAAGGCGCCUCCGAUACCUUCGGAAGAAUAUUACUGCCGCAAUCCGGCUGGAGGCAGCAGUUUGGUGGUGGUUAAACAGCAACCAAGCGAACCCAGUGGUGAUGGGGGAGGCCAUCAUUCAAGCGGAACUGAUAAUGAAGACAACAACGACGCCUCGUCGACUGAAAACUAUGAACCGCUGGAUUUCAAAGCCUGGCGAGCUCAACGUUCAGCCAGUAACAACACGUCGAUGGCAGCUGCAUCCAACGACGAGGAAGAUGAGGAGGAGGAUUUCAGCAACACUAUCCCUGGCCGUGCUUCCAUCACGGUGGAAGUGGGUCCUGCUUCGUCCACCAGAUUGAUGGAUGCUAACUCCGCCACCACGGGUUCCGACUUCAUGACGCAAACUGUCCGCAGCGCCAAAUAAGAAAAUUCGGUGGCCGUUCGUUAUGGACGACUCUCUUCUUUGUAUGCAAAUGUUGAGUUUGCUAAAUGGACAGAGUGGUGUUUUGGAAGGUGAAACAUCAAGUUGGGCAACAGAAUAUCCUCAUCACAAUUCAGGGCAUCGAAUAAACGCGAGCUGUCCAUCACCUCGAAUUUCGCUAGUCCGUCAUUUUCAUUUCUUGAUGUUCAAUUCAGUGAGUACGUUAUCAUCUAAAGAUUUAUGACAUUGCCGUGUACGAUUUUUUUUUUUUCAAUUCCUCAGUAUUAUCACAUUAUUUUGUUCUUACUUUGGAUAAAAUAACUGUUUAGUGUUUUGCACUUCUGCUCUAUGGUUUCUUGCCAGAAAGAAUGUGUCGAUAUUUUCAAUUGGUCAUAAAAAAACAAUUCAAUUCAUUUGUACCUUUUGCUUGUGGCAUGUUAAAAAAAAAAUAUUGUUCGAGUGCCAAAUUAAGAACGGGGCAUUGAAAUUUAAAUCAGGUAAAAUUAAAUAUAAAUAAAAACAAAAAAAAAAA